AUGCCACAUAAUUUUGUGAAUUUUUGCACGGCUGAUCAAGAAAUUGCAAGACUAAAACAGAUCAUAAAAGAAAAAGAUAAGAAUGAGAAAGAGCUUAUGGUUAGGGUUACGAAAUUGGAACAGAAUAUGGAAGAAAUUAAGAAGCAGAAUCGAAAUGUUACAAAUGUUUUGUCGGUGAUUUCCCGAUCAUCCACCUAUCGAGGAUCACGCCAUUGGAGAGAAUGUAUACAGAGCACAGAAUUUUUAACUCGCUGUGAAGCAGAUCACUCUGUGGCUACUGACCAUUAG